UGUCAUCAGAAGGAGGUCUGAUCUUGAAUGUCCUCGUCAGUUCCUGUUCAGGUCUGAGGUCUGAGUCCGUCCUGCUGUGUCCUCUGAGCCGAUCAUGUGACGUCUCUGAGUCAAUAUUUGAAUUCAGGUCAAAGAUCAAUCAAUUGGCUUCGUCUCUGUUUUUACCUCUGAACAGCCACCGUCCAUCAACAACAGGAGGAGACGACAGGAGAGAGAAGGAGACGACAGGAGACGACAGGUUCCUGGUUAUGGAGACAAAGAUGCUGCUGAGGUCAACAGGUCUGACUGUCUACAUCUUGAUGAUCUGCUCUGACAUCAUCCACUGCGCAGUGUUCCUGGAUCAGUCUGCGGCAGGUCAGAUACUCCGCUCCUCCUCCUCAUCCAGGAGGCGUCGAGCCAACUCCUUGCUCCUGGAGGAGAUGUUACCUGGAGACCUGGAGAGGGAGUGUUACGAGGAGAGUUGCUCCCAGGAGGAGGCGGCGGAGAUUUUCCAGACCAGAGAGAAGACGAUGGAGUUUUGGUUCAGAUACACAAAUCUGAACCCCUGUCGGACCAACCCCUGUCUGAACGGAGGGAUCUGCCGUCUGGACAGAGGAGACUUUGUGUGUCUCUGUCCUCCUCAGUACCACGGCAAGACCUGCGAGUCAGUGGUGUUACAGUGUCACUAUAGAAACGGAGGCUGUCUGCAGUACUGCAGAGACCUGACAGGGGGCGCUGGAGUUCAAUGUGGCUGCGCUGAUGGAUUCAUCCUGGACCCUGACGGACAGAGCUGCUCCCCAACUGUGUCGUUCCCGUGUGGUCAUCAGCAGAUGGAAGCGUGGCAGCAAGGUCGCUCUCUGUUGGACGACCUUGACUGGGAAAACGUCACCAUGGAGACGGGCAACAACAUCACAGAGAGCUGGGAUGUUAAAGUGAAUUUAACAGAGGAAGGGAGGACGACAGUGAACGCAACAUCUGGACAGAGAGGAAGAAAUGAAACGAUGCUGUGGGGGGAGGAGGGGGAGGUGGGAGGAGAGGGUAGAAGAGGACGUAUUGUGGGUGGAGUUCUAGAGAGACGAGGAGGGAGUCCCUGGCAGGUUCUGAUCCGCAGGUCUGAUGGUUAUGGUUUCUGUGGAGGGACUCUGGUCUCUGAUCGUUGGGUCGUCUCUGCUGCUCACUGCUUAGAGGAAUCUGCAGACCACGUUACUAUAGGAGACUAUGAUAAGAAACGACCUGAUCCAGAUGAGCAGGUGAUAAAGAUUCAGAAGGUCUUCGUCCAUCCUCACUUCCACUCCUUCACCUUCGACAGCGACAUCGCCCUCCUCUACCUCGCCCGGACCGUCCUCAGGGGCUCCACCGCCAUCCCCGCCUGCCUGCCUGACGCCCAUCUGUCCAAGUACCUGCUGAGGGAGGACAACCGGGGAGUGGUGACUGGCUGGGGCCUCACUCGCUUCAUGGGCAGGUCCUCACGGUUCCUGAGGAAGGUGACGCUCCCGGUGGUCAGCUACAGAGACUGCACCGCCUCCACUGAACAGGUGAUCACAGACAACAUGUUCUGUGCAGGUUACCUGGACGUCAGUAUGGACGCCUGCAGCGGAGACAGUGGAGGGCCCUUCAUGGUGAACUACAGAGGGACCUGGUUUUUGACCGGAGUCGUCAGCUGGGGGGAGAAAUGUGCUGCUACAGGGAAGUACGGCGUUUACACCCGACUGGGAAACUUCCUGAACUGGAUCAGAGACACCAUGGACAGGCAAGACCUGAAUGGUACCGAGAGCUGAGGGAGGAAGACUGAGGAAGACCGAGGAGCUGUCGUUCAGAGGACCCUCAUCAUCAUCAUCAUCAUCAUCAUCAUCAUCAUCAUCAUCAUCAUCGUCGUCGUUGUCAUCGUCAUUAGCUGCUGCAUUAAUCAACUCAUCUGUGAACAACAGGUUCUGAACUGACCCUCUGCUAUUGGCUGGUCUUUGGUCCCAGCACCUGGUCAGAGUGACAUUACCUGGGACCUGGACCUGCAGUACCUGGACACAGGUGUCACCAACUCUUUAAAUGUUGUGGAUUGAAUUUUAACUCAUUAAAUCCCCAAGAAAAAAUAAAUAAAACAUAAAACUUGA